AUGAUUGACAGCGAGUUAGAUGUGAACGAUAUACUACGCACUGAUUUGAUGCCGACGUUCUUUCUUUCCAAUGAAGUAAUGGAGGAGCCAAAGCAAUCUCCUCCGAACAGUGUCCAGUUUUCGAUCCAUAAUGGUUCCAUUGGUGCUGCCUUGUCCACUCUGAGUUUUCAUAGGCAAAUGAUGAACGAAUACCAAUGUAGAAAUUACCUAGCCGAACAAAUCCUAGAAGAAAUCGGAAAAAAUUCCGUACAAAACCGACUUGGGAGACCAUUUACAGCAAGUUACGCGAAAAAUGUGUACGGCCCGCGUUUGUACGACGUUGGAUCGGCAAAUUAUCAAGAAUGGCUAACUAAAGUAGCGGCCCUAGACGACAUAUACCGCCACUUCAAUAUGAGUGUGAAUGCGAACCUGAACAACACGCUGCCUCUCCAUCCUCAGUUGGUGACGGCAAAUCCAAGGGACGGCUACGAAGUGAUGGAAUCUGGCGAAGCAGGGUUCGGCGACCCAGAUCUGAACUUAGAUCUAUCUAAGCAUAGUGGUGGCUACGAAUACUCUAUGCCGCCGCCACCACCACCGAUGUACCAGCACAGUGAACACGAAGAUUCCCAUGAGGAGCAUCACGUGGAACACAAAUCUCAUGGUCUUGGCGUUGCCGAUCUCUUCGACAUAUCACUAACGGGCAUCGCAUUUCUAUCCUUUGGGAUGUUUGUUCUACAAGUUCUUAUGUGUAUUACUAUGACUGAUCAACCACCACAAGUGAUGCAAAUGAUAGACAAUACAGACAACGUGAACGUAGACGAUGUGUUUCGUUUUAAACGGGAAACGGAACCCAGGAACUCAGUAAAAUCACUGAACGAUAUUGCCCGAUAUGCCCUGAUGGCUUUGCGACCACAGUCUACUGCAUGCCUCUACAGAUCUUUAUGUUUAGGAAAUAAACACAUCCGAGAACUACAGAAUAAAGAAAGAUUUUGGUUGCCACUGUUUCAUGCCGCAACUGCUUGGACUCGUGGAGUAACAUUGGGAGGCCUAAGGGCUGCAGCGUUAGGUCUUGGUGGAGCAGACUGUAACAAAAUAUACCCAGAACAUUGUUCCUGA